AUGGGGAAAAAGAGCUCGUCUCGAGCAGUGUCGAAGAUAUCCUCCACCGCUACCCCUUCCACAGCCUCUGCGACGGUGACCGUGAAGAAAUCGUCCAUCAUUCGAUCGGCCUUCUCUCCCUCUGAAUUCCAAUUGGCCCUCUUUGCGUCCGUCAUCCAGGGUCUAGAUGCGCAUCAUAUAAGGAUACACAACACCUCUUCAGGGCGACUACAGUGCGAACAUGCAGUCAACCCCAAGGAGUCGGUUACCUCUUUAGACUGGGGAUACUAUGGUGAAGCUCUGCGGGGUGACCAGCCCAUGAAGAAGAGGCGCAAACGGCACUCCGGAGUCAACGGUGCUGCUGCUGGAACCGGGGAUGAUGCCGGUGCUAUUGUGGUUGCGUUUGGUACAAACACGUCUGAGAUUAGGAUGUAUUGUCCUGCUGAGGACAAGGUCACUGGUGUUUUGGCUGGUGGACACGAGAAGGGAAUCAGAGAUUUCAAGUUCACGCCCAAGAAGCCUGCGCAGGAAGGAUGGAGUAUCGGCGGUGAUGGGAAGCUGGUGCAGUGGAAUUUGCGCAAAGGGAACGUGAUACGGAUAAUUUCGUUGCCAUCAACUUCCGUCUCUACGUUAGCGCGGCCAGUACCAGCAAGCCCACCGGUGCUAUGCGCAUCUCAAACACCAUACUUGAUUGAUCCUGAGAAUGAAAUCGAUGAUGCGGAGCCAUCCUUCAGCUCGAUGAAAGACGUAGUUCACUCGCUCAUCUCCUCCAACACAGACUACACCGAUCUAUCUGGGCCCUUUCUGGCCUCUGAUUCUGACCGCUACAUAAAUGUCUUCAACUCCGAGAACAAAAAACUGCUCGGUUCGCUGGUCGCGGAUAAAGAAAUCGAUCUUGUCUCUUUAUACCCUGGCUCUCACCAGGGAAGUACCGAGACAGCAGACCCAAGCCAAAGACAACAGCUGGCUGUCGUCACCCGCGAUGGUGCAAUCGAGCUCUUCUCGAACCCAUUCCAUAAAUUCGGUGGCGUUUCAGCGUCAGGUAGCGCCGGCGCUAGUCUCAAAUCACUGCGCAAGUCAAUGACACGUCGACCAGAUGCUAUCAUAAAGCUGGUUAAGCCUGACAAAGCUCAAACUCGUGUGCCCGUGAUAUCUGUAUGCUUUGAUGGCGCGGACCUUGUAGUUGCCUGGGUUGAGGGAGGAAUAGACCUUGUCUUUGAUAGGAUACCAUGGCUGGAUGAAACAAAGCAGGAGCUGAUAUACAGUGGUGAAACCGAGUUGGUGCGCGGCAAGUCUUCCUCCAGCAUUGGCAAUGCUAUGAUGAACGGUGUCAAGGACCUAGGAAAGAGUCACGUCGAUGAGAGCCAGGCUAUAGUUGAACAAGGUGGUUUUGCCGAAGGCAUAGACGGUGAAGUGGAAGAGGCUGAUGCUGUGGACUCUAACAAUGAUGACGAUUCGGAUGAAGAGCUAGAUGAUGCAGACCCAGCUUCCAAUGCCGUAACGACGGUCAACGAAGACGUCGAAAUGGCCGAUCAGACGGACGCUGAUGACGCCGCGGAACCAUCGUUUGGCGAACUGCUGGCCUCUGCUCCCCAGACAAUCAGUGUCUCCGCAGACUUCAUGGAUAAAACCUCCCUUCUCCAAUCAAAAACUCUCCCUACCCAAGCACGCCAACUUCCCCCCGGCCUCUCCCUUGCUACCGUCCUCUCUCAAUCCCUUAAAACAAACGACAACACUCUACUAGAAUCCUGCUUCCACACUACAGACAUGGCCAUUGUAAAAACAACCGUUCAGCGUCUCGACUCAUCCCUUGCAGCUACCUUACUACAGAAGCUAGCUGAGCGUCUGUCCACGCGUCCUGGGAGAUACGGACACCUGCUCAUGUGGGUGCAAUGGACAUGCAUUGCCCACGGUGGCUCCAUCGCCUCUAACCCAGAUGUCCUUAAGAAAGUCAGCUCGUUAUUCAAAGUCAUGGAGCAGCGAGCAGCAAGUUUACCUUCCCUCUUACUCCUAAAGGGGAAGUUAGACAUGCUCGAUGCACAACUUACAUUGAGACAAAGCCUUCAGGGCCGAGACGGUCGUGUCAUCGAUCCAGAUGAGGAACGAGUCAUCUACGUCGAAGGCCAGGAGGACAUCGUCGAAAAUGAAGAAGAUGACGACGCCAUGAAACUCAUAGCUGACGGUGAAGACAAAAAGUCUCGUGAUAUAUUGGAUGAUAACAUGUUUGCCGACAAGGAGGGAGACGAAGAUAUGCCCAUGACAAAUGGCGUAGAGUACGAUGAGGAAGGAGAACAAAAUAACGAAGAUGAAGAUGAUGAGGAAGAAUUGAUUGAUGACGAGGCGGAGGUCUCUGGUGACGAUGAAGAAGAUGAUGAAGAGGAUAGCGACGAGGAACUAAACCCGGAAGAGGAAGCGAGUCUGUUAGAAUUCCUUGCUCACUCAGAUGAAGCGGAGUCCGAUGUGUCUGAUACCCCUGCUACAAAACCGAAGAGGAAGUGA